AUCGCACUGUCAAAAUCAGCUGUUCUCGAAAGGUCAAUGGUCAACAUCUAGUGAUAAAGCAAAUAUUUACCUGUUAUUGUAAAGGAAAAUAUUUAGUUCGUGACUUAACGUGAACGGGGUAGAACGUAUAUUCGUUUUUAAGUUACAAGUUUAGUGUUUUUUGAAUAAUUUUGCGUAAAAAUGCCGAAAAUACGAGCUGGUACAGUUGUUGACCUGCUGGGGGAUGAAAUGACCCGCAUUAUAUGGGACGCAAUAAAAGAAAAACUUAUCUUGCCUUUCUUGGACAUUGACUUGAAGGUCUUCGAUUUGGGUAUUGAAAACAGGGAUAAAACAAAUGAUCAGGUCACCAUCGACAGUGCUGAAGCCAUUCUGAAGUACAACGUAGGAAUAAAAUGUGCAACAAUUACGCCCGACGAAAAGAGAGUGGAAGAGUUCAACCUGAAGGAGAUGUGGAAAUCUCCAAAUGGUACUAUUCGAAACAUAUUAGGUGGUACCGUUUUUCGUGAGGCCAUUAUCUGUGGGAAUGUGCCACGAUUAGUGACUGGCUGGGAAAAACCGAUUGUAAUUGGAAGGCAUGCUCAUGGCGAUCAAUAUAAAGCUACAGACUUUGUUGUACCAGGAGCUGGAAAACUGGAACUGACUUGGGUUGGGAAAAAUGGCGAUAAAAUAUCCAAGGUGGUAUACGAUUAUAAAGGAGCCGGUAUUGCUUUAGCCAUGUACAACACUGACGAAUCGAUCAUCGCAUUUGCUCAUUCUUCUCUUAAAUAUGCUCUGGAUAGAGGGUUGCCUUUGUACCUAAGUACUAAAAAUACUAUCCUUAAACGAUACGAUGGUCGUUUUAAGGACAUUUUCCAGGACAUAUAUGACAGAGAGUACAAGCCACAAUACGAGGCAAAAGGAAUUUGGUAUGAGCACAGAUUAAUCGAUGAUAUGGUAGCUUAUUGUAUGAAAUCUGAAGGAGGUUUUGUUUGGGCAUGUAAAAACUAUGAUGGUGAUGUGCAGAGCGAUUCAGUAGCUCAAGGUUUUGGAUCACUGGGCUUGAUGACGUCAGUUCUAAUCUGCCCGGACGGUAAGACGGUUGAGGCGGAAGCCGCUCAUGGAACGGUCACCCGUCAUUACAGGAUGUAUCAGCAGGGCAAAGAAACAUCUACUAAUCCCAUAGCUUCUAUUUUUGCAUGGACCAGAGGUCUUCUUCACCGAGCCAAACUGGACAACAACAAGCCACUGGAAGCAUUUGCUAAUACUCUGGAGAAGGUUUGUGUAGACACGAUUGAGUCUGGAUUCAUGACGAAAGAUCUGGCGAUUUGCAUCAAAGGGAUGAACAAGGUUCAGCGAUCCGACUAUUUGGAAACUUUCGAAUUCAUCAAUAAACUCUCCGAAAAUCUUAAGAAGAGUUUAGGCUGUUGACUAAAAUAUUAAGAAGUUUGAUAUAUUAUUUGCUAUAAGGACUAUGUAUGCUUGCAGUGGCACGUUGAUCGGUAAAAGGGGCUAAGGUUUUUCUUGUUUUAAAUGCAUAUAUAAAGCUUUUAUCAAAGAAAA